UUUUCAUAAGAAUUUUUCUAUUAUAUUACGUUAUGUCCAAAACUUCUUUAAGACAAAAAAAUAGCAAACGUGUUACUGCAAACAAUAUCGAAACUGAUAUUAGUAGACCUAACUCCAACAAUGCUUUCAUUUAUAUCAAGCCAUCUUUCCCUUCGACCUUAACGAUUAAUGAAUUAAUUAAAAACUCCAACACAAAUAAUAAACCAAAAUUUCUUCCAAACGCUUUUAUUGCAUAUAGAAUGGCGUUAAUGAAAGAAUAUCGUAUUAAAAAUUGUAAAUUACCUCCUAUGGGUAAAGUUUCUAAAAUCGCCAAAAAUUCUUGGAAUAUGGAACCAAAGAACGUAAAAGAUUUUUAUGAGUCGCUAGUUAAGGAUGCAAAAUCAAUUUAUAAGCAGAUUAAUAUUCAAAUUAUUUUAGACAAACAUAUGAAUAGUUGUGCUGAAAAUAAUCAAGAAAGUAACGACAUAGAAUUUUGCACAGAUAAGGAAAAUAAAGAACAUGCUGAAAUUCAACUUGAUAAUAAUAAAAUUAAUUAUCCUAGUGUCGGUUUAACUGACGUUUCCUUAAUAAAUUCUUCGAAUUUUAACCCCUCAAAUAACAAUAAUUUAACACCUAUUACAUUUAAUGAUCGAGAAUAUAUCAAAAUGUUAGAACAAACAAUUGAUUAUUUACUUAAAGGUUGAGUCGUUUCACGUUGGUUAGUCGAAUACAUUCGUUUACACGAAUUUAGAAAUUUAUUAUUAUGAGCAUUUCUGAUAUGUAAAAAUACACUAUUAUAUCUUAUUUGUCUUCCUGAUCGUGAAUUCCUUAUAAAGUUUACUAUAUUUCGCAAAUAUUUCCGCAUUUUUUUGUUAUUAAUCAUAGUUUUUACGAGUUUUUUAAUUUUUUUUCAAUUUCAGUUUUAAACUCUCAAUGAUUUUUUGUAAUGGCACAAGCGGCACUAAACCAAAUAAGAUAACCUAUUGAGAAUAAAG